GCGCUUCCUUGAUCCGUACUAUAGCCCAUCCGUGUGUGUCCCAAAAUCGAAUCCCAUACCGGAAAGUGAAUGUGAAUGAGAAGUGUUGCCUCCUUCCGGAAAGUAAAUCCCGAACAAACCGAAAUAAACCGAAUAAAAGGAAAACUACAUUUUGUUAACGAUCGUUCCUAGAGCAUGUAAAGCAUAUAUUAACUUAAUCAGCUAAUCAAUAAGCAGAAGGGAGCUAAAGUUUCAGUGCGAUUCAGUGCGGAGGACCCAAGAGAAAGUUGCUCCUGUCCCUAAGUGAAUUUAUCAAGUUGAUAUUUACGUGAUUCCGCCCCGGGGCGCCCCGACAAACAAAUGGCAGAAGUGCGUGAGAGCCCUAAUCAAGUGGCAGAUGAGCAGUAGGUGACCCCCAAUUCGAGUGGCAGGCAGCAAUAGCCCCAGACGAAGUAAGAGCUCUAGGUGACCCCCAAAAAUCGAGCGGCAGAGCAGCGUAAACUCCCAGUCCUCCAAUGCAGUUGGCCAAAUGUGCGUUAGUUAGUGCCGAUUCCAAACGGGGAACACAGACUGCAAAAUGCGUUUGAAUGAACCAGCGAAAAUAGCGUCUCCGAGAAAUAAAUCGAAGCAAGCCACAGGAACAACCACUGCUGCAACAGGAGCAGCAGCCGCCAGUCACACCACAUCGAUCUCCGCGUCCACGCGACCAAUUGAAUGCUCCGUGCGCAACCUGAUCAGGCUGUUUAUCCUAACCACAACGAUCAUGGGCAGUGGCAGGGCCAUCGGUAGCGGCCUGGUCCAGGCCAAUGCCGUCUAUGAGGCCGUCAAUCGGAUCAAGGGCGUGGAUCCCUAUGGCUUUGUCGCCUCCGAGCAGCUGGACGAGCUGCUGUUGGACGCCACAGUGAAACUGCCCGCGAGAACCACACCCGCGGGAGCAGAAGCAGGAGGAGGAGAAGGAGGAACCACAGCCACGCCCUCGUCGGACCACUUGCCGUUGACCACGUGGCGGGAUAGUUACGAUUCGAAUGAAAUCGAUAACUCCUAUGCCGCCGCCGCCGCCGCCGCCGCUGCUGCCGCAGCUGCUGCUGUGCCUGCAGAUGGGACCAGCCUGGCCUUUGAGGCCGAUGGCAAUGGCGAUGUGGAGCCCGAUUACGUCAUAGAUAUGAGCCAGACAUCGACGGUGGCCCCCAGCUCCCAGACAGCCUCAACGAUCUUCGAGCAGCGGCUGCCGGAGCGGUCCCAGGAUAUGGAGUCCCUGUCGCUGCAGGCGGACGGAACAGGCGCCACAGCAACGGCCAAGGGUCCGCUUUCUGAAGCACCCAGUCGGAAGAACUCCCUUAGUAGGGACGACAUGACCUUCCAGCAGAUUGGUAGCCAAAAGAUAAAUGCCUUAAUGCUGGCCACUACGGCGACAGUCAGCGGGGGUAGUGCCGCCACUAAUGCGAGCAUUGCGACGCCCACAGAGCCCGUGAGGAACAAAACGAACAACGUUCGCACUUCGGCGGUGAGGGUGGACAGCAACAGCAAGCACUCGCUGCCCAAGGGCCAGAAAACCGAUGCGCCCAUGCUCAACUACAUCUUUGACACGUUCUCGGCGGCCAAUAAGCACCACCAUCACGAUCAGAGAUAUGGUCCCCACUUCGAGGACGCACAGCGGUUGGGCCAGGCCACGAAUCUGACCGUGCAAGCAGGCUCCAGCAUCCACUUGAACUGCAGGAUUUCGCUGCUGCAGGAUAAGACUGUCUCUUGGGUGCGACAUAAUACGCAGGACGAGGAAAACGCCCUAGAUCUGCUAACAGUGGGCAUGCACACAUACACGGGUGAUAAACGCUACAAAAUGGAGUUCCAAUAUCCCAACAACUGGCGACUGAAGAUAACCAAUGUGAAGAAGGAUGACGAGGCCAUUUACGAGUGCCAGAUCUCGACCCAUCCGCCCCGCCUCAUACAAAUUAACUUGCAUGUGAAUGCUCCCAAGGUGAUGAUUGUGGACGAGGUGGGGGAUCCGUUGCAGGAGAAGUACUACGAGAUCGACUCCACGCUGCAGCUGUCCUGUGUGGUGCGCAACGUGGCUAUGACCAGCUCCGUGGUGUACUGGAAGCACAUCGACGAUGUUCUCAACUAUGACGUGACACGCGGUGGCGUGAGCGUCAAAACCGAACUGAUGGAGGAUGGGGCCAACUCCACCCUCUCCAUAGCGAAGAUCAGCAAAACCGAUUCGGGCAAUUACACCUGCUCGAUCAGCGAGUUCCAGAACUUUACCAUUGUGGUGCACAUUCUGAAUGGCGAGAGCUUUGCGGAGCUGCACCAUGGCGGGGCAGGAGCGGUGCAGGCCACGUGGCACAAUCUGGUGGCGCUGCACUUCCUAAUGCUCAUCCUGCUGGCGGCGAGUAGACUUAGGGCAGAUUUUAGGUAAGGUUCCCAGUUGUUUUGUUAGGGUAAGCGAGUGGGGGGAAGAGGAGGAGGAAGAUGAGCCUUCCUACGUACACAUACAUACACUUUUUUUUGAGUAAUUGUUAAGAUUUUGAAUUUGUUUAGGGCCCCGGGGGCACAGGAGAGUUAUUAGAAAUAACUAAAAAAAAUUUAAAACAAAUAUUAAGAAAAGAAAACGCAGCCUAAGUUAAACUCCAAGCGAUCGUCGUGUGUACUAGCUAUUAUAGAUAUGUUUCUACGUCUAUCAUCAAUUUGUACAUGAGCAGGAGCACGCCUAGAGUUAAGUUUAGAGUAAGGCAAGGUGGUACAAGGCGCAGAGGCCAACGAAUUUCCCUAGCAGAACGACACGUGUACGGUCACGGUCACGGUCUGGCCUAGAUCUAGUUUAUACAGGAAUGUAAAGCAUUAUGUGUAAGUCACCAGAGGAGCGGAGCAGCAUCAGCACCCCUCGCAGUUUAUUUUGGAGCUGACCUAGGGCUGGGAGCUGCCUAAGAAAUAGCUGCAUGCGGAAGAACUCCUGCGGGGACUAUUCAAUGUUGAACUAACUAUAAAGUGCAAUACUGUCAUAUACAUAUUAUAUACAUACACACACACACACAUACAUACAAGCAAGCGAUCGACUAAAUGAUAUGUUAAUAAACGAAUACUCGUAUAUAUGCAAUAAUAAAGUGAACUAUAUAUGAGUGCAAAGUGAA